AUGAUAUGGAGGGGAUUGGAACACCUGAAUCACAUGAUAUGGAGGGGAUUGGAACACCUGAAUCACAUGAUUGGGAGGGGAUUGGAACACCUUAAUCACAUGAUAUGGAGGGGAUUGGAACACCUGAAUCACAUGAUUGGGAGGGGAUUGGAACACCUAAAUCACAUGAUUGGGAGGGGAUUGGAACACCUGAAUCACAUGAUAUGGAGGGGAUUGGAACACCUGAAUCACAUGAUUGGGAGGGGUUUGGAACACCUGAAUCACAUGAUAUGGAGGGGAUUGGAACACCUGAAUCACAUGAUAUGGAGGGGAUUGGAACACCUGAAUCACAUGAUUGGGAGGGGAUUGGAACACCUGAAUCACAUGAUAUGGAGGGGAUUGGAACACCUGAAUCACAUGAUUGGGAGGGGAUUGGAACACCUGAAUCACAUGAUUGGGAGGGGAUUGGAACACCUGAAUCACAUGAUAUGGAGGGGAUUGGAACACCUGCAUCACAUGAUUGGGAGGGGUUUGGAACACCUGAAUCACAUGAUAUGGAGGGGAUUGGAACACCUGAAUCACAUGAUAUGGAGGGGAUUGGAACACCUGAAUCACAUGAUUGGGGGGGGAUUGGAACACCUGAAUCACAUGCUAUGGAGGGGAUUGGGACACCUGAAUCACAUGAUAUGGAGGGGAUUGGAACACCUGAAUCACAUGAUUGGGAGGGUAUUGGAACACAUGAAUCACAUGAUAUGGAGGGGAUUGGAACACCUGAAUCACAUGAUUGGGAGGGGAUUGGAACAUAUGAAUCACAUGGUUGGGAGGGGAUUGGAACACCUGAAUCACAUGAUAUGGAGGGGAUUAGAACACCUGAGUCAUAUGAUAUGGAAGGGAUUGGAACACUUGAAUCACAUGAUUGGGAGG